AUGUCGCAAGCCAGGAAUGAACCCAUUGCCAUUGUGGGCAUGGGAUGUCGCUUCCCAGGAGGUGCAAGCUCGCCCUCCAAGCUGUGGGAUCUCCUGAACAACCCAACAGAUGUCGCCCAAGACAUUCCCUCUUCGCGAUUCAACCUAGAUCGCUUCUAUCAUAAAGUCGGUAGUCAUCACGGGACCACAAACGCUCGCCAGGCCUACCUUCUGUCAGAGGAUAUUCGUGAGUUCGAUGCCAAGUUCUUCUCUGUCCCUCCAGGCGAGGCAGAAGCCAUCGAUCCCCAGCAGCGAAUUCUUCUGGAAGUGGCAUACGAGGCCCUCGAAACUUCGGGCCAUACUCUCAGCGAUCUGUCCGGGUCCGACACCGGAGUAUUUGUCGGCCUCAUGUCCCAGGACUACUUUGCGCUGAACGGCCAGGACGUGAAUUCCGUUCCCACCUACGCUGCAUCUGGCACUGCAGCUAGUAACGCCUCGAGUCGGUUAUCUUACUUCUUCAACUGGCAUGGACCGUCCAUGACGAUUGAUACCGCCUGUUCAUCUAGCAUGGUCGCUGUGAACGAAGCCGUGCAGUCCCUUCGGAAUGGCACCAGCCGCGUUGCUGUUGCUUGUGGAACAAACCUGUGUUUAUCGGCCUUCACAUUUAUCACACUUAGCAAGCUUAGCAUGUUGUCACCGACCUCUAGAUGUCACAUGUGGGAUGCCGACGCGGACGGCUACGCCAGAGGUGAGGGUGUUGCUUGCGUCGUGUUGAAGACUCUUAGCGCUGCUAUUGAAGAUGGAGAUCACAUCGAAUGCGUGAUCCGAGAAGUGGGAGUCAACCACGACGGCCGGACAAAGGGCUUAACUAUGCCCAGUGCUACAGCCCAGGCAUCCCUAAUUCGAGGCACAUAUGCCCGGGCUGGGCUGGAUCCGACAAAGGAGGAGGACCGGUGCCAGUACUUUGAAGCUCAUGGGACAGGAACCAAGGCCGGCGAUCCUCAAGAGGCUGAGGCUAUCAUGAAGGCAUUCUUCCCCGAGCCUGAUUCUGAAGGCGAACUCUUCGUCGGUUCUAUCAAGACCGUUGUCGGUCACACCGAGGGUACUGCGGGACUGGCAGGUCUUAUGAAGGCUUGUUUGGCCCUUCAAAAUGCAACUGUGCCCCGAAACCUACUAUUCAAUAGCUUGAAUCCCGAGCUUGAGCCCUUUACUAGGAAUCUUCAUGUUCCUACGACAAAUCAAGCUUGGCCUCAAAUACCAGAUGGCAGACCACGGAGAGCUAGUGUCAACAGCUUUGGCUUUGGGGGUACCAACUCUCACUGUAUCCUUGAAACUUAUGCAACAACGCCGAGUGGCCCAGCCCUUGAAAUACAGGCAGCCACAUCGAGAACAUGCUGUAUUCCAGCUGUAUUCUCUGCGGUAUCUGAUACCUCGCUUAUAGCACUCUUGCAGUCCACCUAUGAAUUCAUUGACAAGAACGAAGCUAUCGAUAUAUCUGAACUGGCGUACAAUUUGAGCACCAAGCGAUCUGCGCUUCAGCGAAGACUUGCAAUUUCUGCUGCAUCGAUCGAAGAGCUUCGAGAGAGGAUUCAGUCUACUAUUGAGGCGGCAUCAGGGAAAGAACCCACUUCAUCUUCCAUUUUAGCUUUGCCUGGCAAAGCUUCAUUGCUGGGUGUUUUCACUGGCCAGGGCGCUCAGUGGCAAGGUAUGGGAUCGCAGCUUAUUUCAUCGAUUCCGCUGGCCCAAAAAACAGUGGAAGAGCUGGAUGCAUCUUUGGCAAGCUUGCCCUCUUACCACCGCCCAGUCUGGACUCUAGCCGAAGUGCUCACUGACAGCAAUGCACCGGUUGGCGAGGCCUCACUUUCUCAGCCUCUCUGCACCGCUGUACAGAUAAUUCUGGUCGAUCUUCUUCACGCUGCAGGGAUUAAGUUCCAAGCAGUUGUUGGUCAUUCGUCUGGUGAGAUUGCUGCGGCCUAUGCUGCAGGCUUCAUCACUGCACACGAUGCCAUCCGCAUCGCAUACUACAGGGGAUUCUACGCCAAAAUGGCCGCCGGCCCUUCUGGAGAGAAAGGAGCGAUGCUAGCUGUAGGAACAUCCAUCGAUGAUGCCAGUGAGCUUUGUCAGCUUGACGACUUUGUCGAGAAGAUCUCUGUCGCUGCCCACAACUCUCCAACCAGCGUGACUCUGUCGGGUGAUAUCACGGCUAUCACCCAAGCACAGGGAGUUUUGGAAGAGGAGGAAAAGUUUGCCAGAGUUUUGAAGGUCGAUACUGCUUACCACUCGGCCCACAUGCGUAAAUGCGCUGUAUCCUACCUCAUGGCAUUAACAAAUUGCAACAUUGAAGUCCGCCAGCCUGGGCUCGAUGCACCGCAGUGGUUCAGCAGCGUCCGAAAGGGCGAGAUUAUGACUAGCCUGGAGGGGUUAAAUGGCCAAUAUUGGGUCGAUAACAUGGUCCAGCCCGUGCUGUUCUGCCCAGCCGUUCAAACAUGCAUGACAUCUUUGGGCAAAUCAAUCAACUGUGCCUUAGAAGUCGGACCGCAUCCUGCUUUGCAGGGCCCUACCAAAGAUUCUAUUCAUGACGGAGGCUAUCGGGAAAUCCCAUAUACCGGUACCUUGAAGCGUGGAAAGGACAGCAUGGCAGCAUUUUCCGACACACUUGGGUUUAUGUGGAGUCACUUUGGACCUACUGCUGUGAGUCUCGGAGCCUUCCAGCAAGCAUGUUACCCGGAUACUCCAUAUACGAUGAUCCACGGUCUCCCGACGUACCCUUGGACCCAUGACCAGGGCUACUUUGUUGAAUCAAGACUCAUGAAAACUUUCCACAACCACCCGGCGCCCUUUCAUGACUUGCUGGGCGUUCAAACUCCGGAUGGAACACCAGAUGAAUGGAGAUGGCGAAACAUCCUAAAAAUCAACGAACUCAAAUGGCUCUCGGGACACUCGCUACAAGGCCAGGUUGUAUUCCCUGCCACGGCUUACAUCUGCCUCGCCAUGGAAGCAGCGCUGCAGCUUGCGCAGGGUAGAACAGUGAUGUCGAUUGAUCUCCUCGAUCUUGAAAUCCGCAAAGCUAUUGCCAUCCACGAGUCCACGGGAACUGAGCUUCUCGUUUCUAUGGCCAAGAUCUCUACACUCGACGGCGAGUCGAGGGAAAUUACAGCUGACUUCACGGCCUACUCCACAAUCAGCAAAGACUCCGCCAACUUGGCACUCAACUGCUGCGGUCGUGUUCGUGUGCUUCUGGGAGAGGACUCGGAAUUCCACUUCUCACCUAGACUGUCUCCCCUCGGGAAGCUGAACGCAGUGGACGUGGACAGCUUUUACAAGAUCCUCCGAGACGACUUCGGAUUCGGAUACGAGGGACCCUUCCGUGCCCUCACGAAUGUGACUCGUAAAUCUGGAUUUGCGACGGGAACAAUUCGAUGCGAGGGUUUCGAUGAUUCCGAAACUCCUCUGCUCUUCCACCCUGGUAUGCUGGACAGUGCCUUGCAGGGCCUGAAUGCUGCCCACAGUGCCCCCGGAGAUGGCCGUCUCUGGACCAUCGUGGCGCCGACUUUCUGUCGUCGCGUUUCGAUUAUCCCUGGCCUCUGCGGCACCAAAAUGGCAGACAAUGUUGGGAUCGACUGCACUAUUACCGAUCCUCGAGAUACUUUCGUCACUGGAGAUGUGGAGGUCUUCUCGGAGGAUUUCAAGGAGAAGAUCAUCGAGGUUGAGGGGCUCACCUUUUCUCCGUUCGCAGGAGCGACUGUGGAUAACGACCGAUACCUUUUCCAGGAGCCAUUCCUGUGCCUUGACAAGCCCGAUGCCUACGUUAUCUUUGGCGACAGAGAGGCGACUCGGCAGGAGAGCGUAAAGGCUCUUGACGCUGAGCGUGCGGCAUUCUACUACCUCAAGACCUUCCAUCUCUCAGUCAGUAUUUCACAACGCGAGACCCUUCCGUGGUAUCGACAAGCUCUGCUGAAGAAUGCUGAGCGGCUCUUCCAUAUUGUCAAUGACGGGAAGCAUCCGUUUGCCCCGCCCUCUUGGGUGAACGAUACCAGAGAGGAUAUUUUCAAGAUGAUCGACAGCUAUCCCGUGACAGAUGCCGAUUUCAACCUGACUAAAGCUGUCGGAGAAAAUAUGCUUCUUCCUUCGGUACUGAAUGGAGAUACCAGCAUCCUGCAGUACAUGACGAAGGAUAACUACCUUGAGCAGUACUAUGUGGAUGCUAUCGGAUUCCAGCUGCUCAACUUCCUGAUUGCUGGGGUUAUGGAGCAGCUUUGCUUGAAAUCUCCUCGAAUGAACUUCCUUGAGGUGGGCGCCGGAACUGGUGGUGCAACCAAGGCAAUCUUAGAGAAGAUCGGACACUCCUUUGCGUCAUAUACUUAUACCGAUAUUUCGAGUGGCUUCUUCGGUCAUGCUGCGGAACACUUCCCUUCUCAUGUCAACAAGAUGAAUUUUAAGACUCUGGAUAUCACAAAGGAUCCCACUGGACAGGACUACAUCCCCCACACCUAUGAUGUUGUCGUUGCCUCUAAUGUUUUGCACGCGACUGAGUCAUUGCGUACCGCGCUUGAGAAUACCCGAAAGCUCUUGCGACCGGGUGGUUACCUUGUGAUGGUUGAGAUCAUCCGCAACGACGUGAUGCGCCAUGGUCUCGUCAUGGGCGGACUCCCCGGUUGGUGGAUCGGCGAGAACGACGGUCGUCAAUGGGGUCCCAGUAUUACUCUUGAGGAUUGGGACCUUAUUCUUCGGGAAACUGGCUUCAGUGGCAUCGAAACCAAUUCGCCCAUGCGCGACCCAGUGGGCGUGCCCGGAUCCAUUAUUGUUUCUCGGGCACAAAACGAUGUUACCAGCCAAUUGAGCAUGCCGCUCAACUCAGCUCCUAAUGUCAUCAAGCUGAAGAGUUUCGACAAUCUGCCAGCACUCCCUGAGAGCUACCACGUUCUGUGUCUCGCUGAGUGCGAUGCGAACUUGUUCGAGGACAUGACGGAAUCUAUUUUCUCGAACCUGAAGACAGUUAUAGGUUCUGCAGUCAGUGUACUCUGGUUGCUCCAAGGUCGUCGAUCGAACAACCCCCAUGCUGGAACUACCCUCGGUCUCUUCCGGACACUGUUCUACGAAGCUCCUGGAACCCUUUUCCAGACUCUGGAUAUCGCUUCCAUAAAUAUGAAUGAUUGUUCAGUUAUCGCGAAGUCAAUGUGCCAGCUCAGGCUCCAAUCGGAAAUUUCCAGACGUGCCGAGUCGGAUAAGAUACAUUGGGAGUUCGAGCCAGAGCUGGUCCUUAAGGACGGCCAGCUCCAUGUCCCAAGAGUCCGUCCGCAUGAUGGCCAGAACGAUAGAUACAAUUCAUCCAAAAGGUCUAUGAUUCACGAGGUGGACACCCAGACAACACCUCUGGCGCUGGAUUUCGUCGACAACUCCUACAUGCUACGGGAACGACACACCAUUGAAAAAUCCCCACAUGGCCUUGUUACCGUCAAGGUGUCUUGCUCUUUCUUGUCUUCCAUCAAGACUCCAGUGGGAUAUGUAUUUGUCAGUCUUGGAGAAGAUGUCAAGACAGGAGACAAGACACUCUGCUUCUCCAACCGCAACGAGUCUAUCGUGAAAGUCCCCAAGUCUUGGACUGUAUCCAUUGAUGAGGUCGAGGUUGACGGACAAUUCAUGUCCUUUGUUAUUGCCGACCUCACAGUCCAAUGGGUAUUGCAAAUGCUGCCACCCACAGGUACUGUGUUGGCAUACGAGCCAGAUCCAGUUGCAGCAUCACUGCUAUCUCAGCAGUUGAGCAGACUUGGCAAAAAGGCAUGUUUCCUGACGUCUAGUCCCGAAAUGUCUGGCCGAAACUGGGUGUAUGUUCACCCUAAUAGUACCAAGAGAGCCAUCACUGCUCUCUUACCAUCCGACGUUACCUUGUACGUCGACGCCUCCGGAGCCGAGCCUGAAUCUCAAAGACUUGGAUUCAAGAUUACUUCCUCCCUUUCAUCGGUCUGUGACAAAGUCAAGAUGUCCAGUCUGACUGCAUCGGAGGCGUCCGUUCUUCCGCACGAUGCCCCCGAAGCCAUCACAAAUCUGCUCCGUCGUGCUGCUUCCUUUGCCUCCUCACUGCUAUCCGCACAAGCAACUCCAGAGGGCGCACCACUUGACAUCCUACCAUUGAAACGAGUGGUUUCAAACUUCGUUUCUCCAAACCCAAGCUCACUGAUUUACUGGCAAGAGGAUCAAUACGUACCGGUCUCUGUUGAACCUAUUUUCGAGCGUGAUGACUUGUUCCGCCCCGACCGCACGUACUGGCUAGCUGGUCUCGCCGGAGACACUGGACGAUCCCUGGCCGACUUCAUGAUCGCCCACAAUGCUCGCAAUAUUGUGCUCAGCAGUCGUACGCCCAAUCCCGACACAGACUGGAUCCAAUGGCACAAGUCAAGGGGUGCGACAGUGAAUUAUUUCGCAGGUGAUAUCACCAGCUUCGAAUCCAUGAAGCAGAUAUUUGACACCAUCAGGCAGUCCAUGCCGCCCGUUGGGGGUGUUGCGAAUGGAGCCAUGGUUCUACGAGACAGUUCCUUGAUGAAGAUGAGCUUCGAGGAUUUCCAAGCAGUCCUGCGUCCCAAGAUCCAAGGCACAAUUAACCUUGACCGACUCUUCUCCGAUCCCAGCCAGCCACUGGACUGGUUUAUCGGAUUUAGUUCGAUCGCGGCAACAGUCGGUAACCCUGGUCAGUCGGCGUACACUGCCGGAAACUGUUUCAUCAAGGCACUUAUCGACCGGCGCCGUCAGCAGGGUCUGGCUGGAUCAUCAAUUGAUAUCACUCGAUUGGUGGGACUGGGCUUCAUCGAGCGUGAGAGCCACGGUCGCCUAACCAAGGAGCACCAGGAGCGACUAACCACGCGAUCUGGCACCAUCGCGAUGAGCGAGAAUGAUCUGCAUCAGUUGUUUGCCGAGGCCAUCUUGUCCGGACGACAUGACUCGGGCCUGAACCCAGAGCUCAUUACUGGUCUGGCACCCAUCUCUGUUGAGCAGUCCCAGGACGCAUACUGGAAGACCAAUACCAGAUUGUCGCUGUUGAUCCGAGAGGUGGGACAGGGCGGCACUCAAGGGGGAGAAAGUGGCAACACGGUCCCAGUCCGGCAACUGUUGGAAGCGGCUAAGAACAUGGAGGACGCGGUAAAGGUGCUUUCAGGUGCUUUCAAAUCCAAGCUGCAAGCACUGAGAUUCCUUUCGGAUUCUGACAGCCUCUAUGACACAACGCCUCUGGUGGAUAUGGGCGUCGACAGUCUGGUUGCUGUGGAGGUGAGAUCGUGGUUCUUGAAAGAACUCGCAGUGGACGUUCCAGUGAUGAAGAUUCUGGGUGGUGCCUCGAUCACGGAUUUGGUGGAAGUUGUGGCGCAGAAGCUUCCCCAGGAGCUGCUGACUCGACUUGAUCCCGAGGGGAAGCAAACCCGCGGUAGUGAGGAUGUGCCAGCCCCUGCUGCCGACAAUAAAUCCGAAGAAACGGAGCAAUUGAAGACCAACGGUAUUGACAGCGACAGCGCCCACGAGGUCAACGGUGUAAAUGGUGUGAACGGUGUCGAUAGCACCGAUGAUACCAUUGAGGUCGUGAACGUCACCAGGCAUCAAAACCUCUGA